AUGGGGCGGAACAGGAAGGAGUCAGGCUAUCUGACGGCGGCUCUAGAGGAGGAGCAAGAAGAGGCGGAGGAACAUACUGAGGAGGGCGACGAGGAAGAGGGGGAGGAACAGACGGAGGAGGGGUCUGGUGGGGAGGAUCAGGCCGAGGCUGAGGCGGAGACGCCGGCACAGGAAGCAGUGGAGCCGCCGAAGCUGGCCGAGGGCUUCUACGAGAUUGAGGCCAUCCGCCGCCGCCGCCUCCGCAAGGGCCAGCUUCAAUACCUCGUCAAGUGGCGUGGGUGGCCGGAGAGUGCGAACACAUGGGAACCCCUUGAAAACCUGAAGGCCUGUUCCGACAUUGUUGAUGCUUUCAAUAAGCGGUCAAGGUCGCCCAGGUCCUCUCGAAAGCGAAAGCGUAAGACUGCAACAACUCCAACAUCCGAUCCUAACCCUUCUCGUGGCAAACGUGGCCGACCACCUCGGUCGGAGGCCCGGAGCAUGCAAGGCAUACAUGCCUCAGAAGUGAAGAAACUGCCCUGCAGGACAAGUAGUAGGAGAGCAAAUAAUAAUAGUAACAAGACCUCACCUGGGGGCCUUGAUGCAUCAGUGAACUUGCUUGGGCAAAGAGUAGUACAGGAGGGUAGUUCUGGUGUGGUCUCAGUUGGGUUUCUGUCUCAAGGGGCUCCCUUAUCUGUUAGCUUGACUGACCAACAAGAUGUGCAGCACCCUGCUAAUGGUUCAUUGAAGGUGGACAAUUCAAUACGAGCAACCCCACCUCAGGGUGGACAGGUGACAGGUGCCAAGAAGCGCAAGUCUGGAUGUGUCAGAAGGUUCAAGCAGGAUGAAGUAACACAGGAGCAAGGAGAUAUCCGUGAUCGCACGAGUGACAAGCCAGGCAAUGAGACUGUUGAUUCCACAGAAGGAGAAACUGGUGAUAAGAACAAGGGGGAGGACUCUGGUAACCAAAUUCAUAUGCCUAAGAUCAUUAAGAUCAUCAAGCCAGUUCGCUAUUUUGCCACUGUUAUGGAUGGUGUGCAGCAAGUUGCAAUAACAUUCAAGGCACUCAGGUCUGACGGAGAGGAGGUAUUCGUGGAUGACAACCAGUUGAAAGCUAAGGAGCCCCUGGUGAAAUGGACUCUUACCUAUGCACCAAAGUUCUCGGCACUGCGCUACUUGGCACUGAGGCAAGGGUGGGCGCCGUGGCCCAUGGCGCCCACUUCGACGUUGAGACUUGUGGGGCCUGUUUGGAUUGCUCUGGAUGGAGCUGCCUGGACCAGGCAAGGCUCUAGGCGUUCGAUUUUGGAUGCCUGGGUUUACGAUUGGAUGCGCAUCUGCCUGACAGAGCACCAACCAAACAUGCACGUAGUGUCGAGGCCAGGGCAAAAAUGUUAUGUAAUUUGCUCUUGUACUGCUAUUGGUUCUGUGCCUGGUUGGGGCUACCACAUACUCAAAGGCGUUAACAAAUCUAGAUUGCAUGGAGAAGCAAAUAUGUAG